AUGUACCCAAGAAGGAGAGGAGUAGCGUAUCAUCAUAGUGUACCAAAGGGUCAACUUUCACAGGGACAUUAUCCUACAACUCCUAGUGAUGGACAGAGAAGGAAGGUCAAUAAUCCUGAAGCAUUCCAAUCCUUUGAUAUAUGGAAAAAUUUGGAUAAGAUAAGAUCAUCUAGGAAAGGUACAGUACAGUAUAUGAAAGGAAGUCUGCUUAUACUUCCCGUGAGAACAGAAGCUAAACAACAAUUUGAAGAGUGCAUGAACGAGUUGCACAAGUAUAUAUCUAAGGACAUAUUACAAUGUUAUCCACAGAAAAGGCAGAAAGACGCAAACGUGCUUUAUUACGUAGUCUUAAAGCAAUUCAGUAUAUUGGAUUCUUGCUUCGUAUUAGCGGUUUUGUUUGCUUUUCAGAAGCGUUUAUGGAUGGCAUCAUCGGAAAAAUCCUACUUCAGAGUUCCCAGGAAUAUUAACUUGACAGGUUCAUUUUAUUUGCCCAAAAAUAUAGAAACAGGUAAACAUCAUCUAAUGACUAGCUAUAGAAGAGAGCUGCCCGCCUCCAAUAUUGUAGGGGUUGGUUUCAAUGUUCUCCCAAGUUUUCAACAAUUCCAUAUAAAGGCUUGUCAUGUGAGUAGGUUUAUGAACGAACUUUCCAACUUUUUCUCACAAGUAGCAUUCGGUAAGUGUGAAUGCUGUGUGAUAAAUCGCUUUCAGCGUGAAUAUAUGCGGACUUAUUCACAGACGUCGCUUGCCCUCUUUGAACUUCCAUUAAUUGGCGAUGGCUUAUUUGAUAUGAAAGCAUAUACCAACAAAACCAGGCCAAUUAUAGAAAAAUCAAAAGUCCAAAUGGUCAAGCACAUUGAGGAAUUGAAAAUAUAUAAUGAAACACAUAGUACUCAGAGAAAUCAACCUUUACAGGAACAAAAGCCUUUACCGGACUCGUUCUCUCCCUCUAACACUGUUCAUACAGGGACGACUUCGCAUCAAUCACAAUUGCAAAGGUCCAUAAUUAACAAAUCGCCAAGCACUCAAAACAUCUCUAACCGUUAUUCGGGAUCCAACACUACAGAAAAUGGAAGAAAUGUUGAACGCCAUAAACCAGGCUUUAUGACACAGGAUGAGAUUAAGCAACACUGUAUCGCUACUAUAAAAGCUUCUAUACAUGCAGUGAAGAAUAAAUCCUCGUAUCAAAUUCUUAAAACAUAUGUCAGAUGUCCAAGACAGAAUUAUAUUGAUGUUGUUUAUCAAAAUUUAAACGACUUACGAUCAAAGACAAAUUGCAACAUUGUUGUAUUGAAUCUGAAUAAUCUUCACGAGUCACAGCAGUGGCUUGAAUCUUUAAAUUUAGCUAAUUACUCCAUUUUUUCUCAACAACCCCAUCCAAGUACUGUCCGCGUUAUUAGUAUUGGCGGAGUCGGUGAGUACAUAGUUAAAGCAUUAGAGCUAAUAUUGAAUAUAUUGGAGCAAUGA